GAGAGGUCGGCGGCGCCCCGCCCAGUCAGCAAGGUUGCGCGUGCCCAGGGCGGCCGCCAAGAUGGUGGUGGGCGCGUUCCCCAUGGCGAAGCUGUUCUACUUGGGCAUCCGGCAAGUUAGCAAGCCGCUGGCCAACCGCAUCAAGGAUGCCGCCCGCCGCAGCGAGUUCUUCAAAACCUACAUCUGCCUGCCUCCAGCCCAGCUGUACCACUGGGUGGAAAUGCGGACCAAGAUGCGCAUAAUGGGUUUCCGGGGCACAGCCAUCAAGCCGCUGAAUGAGGAGGCAGCAGCAGAGCUGGGUGCUGAGCUGCUGGGUGAGGCCACCAUCUUCAUUGUGGGCGGAGGCUGCCUGGUCCUGGAGUACUGGCGCCACCAGACUCAGCAGCGAAAUAAGGAGGAGGAGCAGCGGGCAGCCUGGAAUGCACUGCAGGAUGAGGUGGGCCGCCUGGCACUGACCCUAGAGGCACUGCAGGCUCAGACACAAGCGAUGCCCUCCUUGAGUGCCCUGGAGGAGCUGCGUGAGGAGCUGCAGGAGGUGCGUGGGCAGGUCUGCAAUGCCCACUGUACUCCCAAGUGCCAGGCAGCGUCUUCCAGGAAAUAACCAGCUGCUGGGGCCUGGACAUGUCUGUCGCCAUGUGGCCCCAAUAGGGCCUUCUCCUCACACCUCCUGGCCUAGCAGAAACCACGAGGACCUUGAUGUAGCUCUGACGUGUGGUCACCCUUUAGUGACAGAAUCCGGGCAUUUCCCCCUGGGAGCACUCAGCAGAAGAAGCAUUCAGACAGAGUCCAUCCAGCCUCUGACUCAGCCCUCAGCCCCACCAGGAACCACAUUGGACCUCCAAGGACUUAGCCGACCUAUCUCAGUCCCCACUGCUGUAACAAAGGCAAAAGCGAACCCAGGGCUCAAGCCUGGUCAGGAGGUAGACAAGGUCACCUGCCCAUCAUUGGAGCCCCUCCUUUUUUUGGUGGACACAGGCCACUGUGAGCCUUGCCUCAGGUCAGUGCAGUUCCCAUGGAGGCCUCAGAGUGCAAUUGAUGCCCCACUCUCUCUCCUCAUUCUUCCUCUGGGGUCCCAAGGGGGUCAUGCCUGUACAGAUCCCCUCACCCCUCAGCCUGUGGCAUUACCCCACUCCCUCCCUCGGCACAGACUGACCUAAUUGGCUGGAAUCUGACCUGUCUCAGUCGCAGCCCUGCUGCCCUGUCUGAGAGUCCCUGGGCCUUGUUUCAGGUGGCACCUAUUUCCUCCUGUCCUUCAGUGGCAUUUUUCAGUUGGGUGGGUUAGAUGUCACCCACACAUCUGUCUGCACCCUCCAUAUCCCUGUAGGCCUGGGUCCCCCACCCUUUCUGUUGGUCCUGCCUUCCUUGCCCACCCCCCCACCCCCCAGACACUCCCCCCCCCCCACAUAUCACUAGGAAUGUGGUGGAGGACACAGAGUAACCUGUUCUCCCAGCAGCAGAGGUCAGCUGCUUUGUUCUGGCUUCAGAGGCUCCAUAUCUCCUGGACUCUGUGUCCUGUCUUCAUGUGGCUUUCUCUUCCCCCAUCUGUCUCUUGAAAGGACACCUGCCCUGACUACAAGACCCACCCUAAAUCCAGAAUGACCACAUAUACAUCCCUGAAGACCCUUUUUCUAAAUGGGGACACACAGGUUCCUGGAUUAGGACUGAGGUUUUCUUUUGAAGGCCCUCUGUUCAACUUGUUGCCUUCUGUGGCUCUAAGAAGACACAAGGCCCCCCGCUGUGCUGUUUGUCCUUUGGCCGCCUGCUCACACACAGCUUCUGGGCUGGGCUAACCACUGCAGCUCCAGAAGGGUUGUAGGUGCAGCAGUCUCUGUCAUGGCCGUCUAGUUCCUGACAGAAGGAGCCCAAGAAUAAGAAGGCUUCCUAAGGAUAUAUGUGAGGCAUAAUUAAUAUGGACCUCCAAACUGAGCCAGUGUUCAUUAACAAAAGAGAAAGCCGUGCGUGGAGACACACACCUAGAAUUUCAGCACUCAGAGGCUGAGGCAGGAAUGAGCCUGGGUCAUCCCAUUGUGAGUUCCAGGACAGCCUCCUGAACCACAGAAAGAGGCCCUGUCUUUAAAAAAAAAAAGACAAAAAGUAAAAAAAAUGGCAAACACCUUGGAGGAAAGCCAGAGGUUUUAGCUCUGGGGCAAAAGGGGCCAAGACUCCUGUGAACUCUUUCCCAUAUUGGGAAACUGAGGCCGAGGAAAAGGGAAGCUAAGGGACUUGGCCAAGACCCCAUAGCUCAGGAGGGGCCAGCUACAAAGGGUGGGGAGGAAGAACCAGAGGACCCAGAUGGUUCUGGCUGCAGGGCAAGGUGAGAUGAAGGCCUGACCUCUUCCCAGUGGCCAGAAGCAAUGGGUUUCUGCCCCCUAUCAGAAAAGCCCAGGCCAUACCCGAGCUCUCUGAAUGUAGGAAACAGGUUCACCGACCCUGGCCCUUGUCCCUAGAGGUGGCACUUGCACCCAAGGGGGUGAAAAUGGCCCAUGCCCAGGAUUCCCCAGACUGAAACCAAUACUGAGACUGUACCUGUUUCUUCUAGAAGAGGCAGAAGUAGGUAUCUUUAAACUUAGGAGCGGCUGAGUUAGGCGAAAGCCUAACUGGGGACAAGGGCUACAUGGUGAGGGGAACACAGAGGGAAGGAAGCUGCCCAACUGCCAUGGUUACCCCUGGGGAGUCCAGUCUGGCACUAACAGGCCCAGGACACCUGGGCCACCCUGGCCUGGGUCAGUCCUCAGCAUUAACAGCAAAGCCAAGACAGGUGAAGGGCGCUGAGCCCCAUCAGGUCAGUCAUUCCUCCAGCAGACUGGCUUCACUGUUAGUCUGUUGUUCCUCAAAGAACCCCGUAGGAAUAAUAUUUGUUCUGCUUGCUUGGGAGGAAACAGGCACCGAGAUGAAAUGUCACCUUCGGGUCACCCAAGCAUGAAAGUAGGCCUCUGUCCCCAACCUGGCCCUGUAGAGCCUUCACCUGUCCCUGGCGUCUGUGGAGAAGGCGAGGUCUGUGGCGGCCUCACCCACAGCGACAGUGCAGGAAGCAGUGUGGUGCGGUGUGUGGUUCCUGAAGCCUCUGCAGGGCAGAGGGCCAGAGCAGCGUCCACGGUUCUGACCCCUGCUCACUGCAGCGUUACAUAUUCCUGCAAGGGGAGGGGGGGAAUAAAUUUAUGAAUGAA